UGGGAAGGCUUUAGAUAUACUGACUCGCAUCCACAGUGCGUUCGUCUCUCCCGUAAAGGAUGCAGAAUUUACGCAACCUAGCGGCGAGUCGGAAGAUGCCGCUUUGGAAGACGCAAAGCGACGCAGGCUGUUACAUGCCCUUCUGGACCUAAUUUCUUUAGAGGGAAUUUAUCCAUCCCUCUCAUCAGGGGCGGGAAUUCCUCUUCAGCAAAGAGUGAUUUCUGUAUUGCCGGCCGGUGUUAUUGCUCACCAACCGCAGAAGCCCACGAAUAACAAACCACAAAAUGAAGUGCUUCUAGAACACAUAAUGUCCGUACUUUCGGACAUCCUUUGCGACAAACGAUCCAGUAUACAACCUGUCAUUCGUGGCCGUAUAUUAAGCGAUAUAAUCAGUGCAGCCUCAGACUUAGCCUCGAAUGCAGAACAUUUAUCCGAGGACAAAAAGUUACACUACCGUGAUGUGCUCGUCAAGGUAGUUGAAGAAACACCUAGCCCAGUUUUGUUAUCCACCCUAUCCAGCUUCCUUCAGUCGGAUACAGCUCCGUGGUUCAAAUCCAUAGUUUCUAGUCAAAUAUCACGGGUCCCUUUGCGCCAGGACGGGGUUCUGCAAACGAUACUCUUCUUAGCCUCACAGCUUGCUCCUUCACUAGGUCAGGAGUCUCAAGACCAGACAUCUAAUGGCCCACACUUUACAGUGCAGGCGAUCAUGCAGUCUUCGCGCCUUUUAUCCUCAGUACCACAAGGAAUGGACCCAGUACACUAUUUCUCUAUCAUUGGGCCCCAACUAUUAGCUUUGAUUGAUGGAGAUGAUCCGGAUUUGAGUAAGACUGCAGCAUACGUGGUUGGUAACGGGAUUUUAUGCAAGCGUGCCUACGGUGCCCCCGGGACUAUAGGCCAUUCUAUCUUCCUGGAACCACUAUUCAAGACACUCACCGCUGGACUAGAUAAUUCAUCAAAAAAAUGGAUGUUGUCGUCCUCAAAUACAGGCGACGACUUACCAGACCGAGUUCUAAUGCCUGAACCCUUUUUGUUGCUGGCAGUUGAUAGGCUGAGAAGUCUAGUGCUUCAGCCUCCGAACCCAAGUCUCGUAAAGAGAGUUGUCUACCCAAUACUCGUUCCGCUUUGGGGAUUGGCCUGUUUUACUUCAGAGCAACAAAAUAUUUCUCUCCAUGAGAAGAUUAUGGAAGUGUUACAAACGUACUUCGCUAUAUCAGUCGGAGAACAGCCACUAAAGAAGUUGGUUGAUAAUCUGCUCUGGGAUGGAGGUUCUACCUGGACUUACAGUGUGGUUCCAACCUAUGGGGUCUCGUUGGUUAAGCGCGAGACUGCCGAGUCAAAUCAAUUGAACAUCGUACGACUUCUCGACAUACUACAGUCUAGGGCUAAGCUUUUCGUUGGGUUACUGGGAGCUGAUCCUAGCAGCGAAGAGCGCACCGGCGAUAUAUUCCUAUAUGUGAGCGAGAGCUGGCUCGUUCAAUCUCCGGUUAAUGAACGAUCAUUCAAUAAGUCCCAGCUUGGCCCCGAGAAUGAGACCGAGAGCAUGAAACGCAAGCUAGUUAGCGCGAAACUGGCAGAGACCCUCUUAGACAAUUUCAAAGAUAUCCUUUCUCGCCGGCCUCUCAGAGUACUCGAACUUAUUAAACAGAUCAUAGACGGCGAGCUCAAUCGCUCAGGUACACGAAGGAAAAGGGCCGGUGAUCUAGGAACUAGCAAGGUAUCACUCUCCUCGCUGGCGAACAUUGUCCCUACGGAAACAAAUACAGAACAAGGCAACACGGAAGAGUCAGACUCAACCGAAUCCCUACCGGCUGUGUUCAGUUUACUCUCCACAGUACUUGCAUCCCCCGAAUUCUCGGCAUCACAGGACACUUUGCCGGUCCUUGAAAAUCUCAAAUCACAACUAGACAAACUGAUCCCCUACCUCCCCCCGUCUCUAGCUAAACCAGGGACGACUUCCUCGAUGCUUUUAGAGAUUCAUCUUACGUCACCUGCAGAACAGAGCCAGAGACGGCCAUACUCUGAAGUGUCUGAUUUUGAAACUCAUCGCCGAGCUCUGACUAAUCUUAAUUCUGACCUCCCCCCGGUUCAAGCUGAAGGGUUCUCACUUCUCUCCGAUCUGGUUAAAAAAUCUUCACCCGUCCUCGACAUACCGUCUACAUUAACCCUCCUCCUAUCGAUCAUAACAGAUCCGUCCGAAACUGCGGCUAAUGACGAGUUUAUCUAUCUGAAUGCAAUCAAACUGAUCGGCACAUUAGCCUCAAGACACCCACGCACAGUGGUCAAAACACUAGUAGACCGUUACACAGACCGAAAUGAAACCGCUAGUCUCGACCAGAGACUCAAGAUUGGAGAAUCUCUUUUACGAACUGUCCAAGACCUCGGCGAAGCAUUAACUGGAGAGACCGCAAAAAUCCUAGGCGAGGGUAUGAUUGCAGUCGCAGGACGACGGGCACAAAAGCCAGAGACCCAAAAGCGCCGCAAACAACAACUUGAGAAAAAAAGGCGACAAAAGGAACGUGAAGAACGGCGAAACAAGGAACCUGUAAUGCCACCAGGCUGGAAGGUCUCCUCUCCCACACCAGUAGCCAAGAUACAAGAAGACGAAGAAGACGAUUCUGAGUCAGAGUCUCCUGAACGAGCCGCCCAUUCCGCCAAUGUCAUCGCCGCCUGGGCUGCGGGCGCCUCGUCAGAUGAUGAGCCGGAUGACCUGCGAGCUCGUGCAUCUGCGCUGUCCAUCCUGGCGACUGCGAUCCAAACUAAUCUUGCCGGUUUUGGAUCUUCGGUGGCUUCUUCAGCUGUUGAUCUUGCGCUUGCGACUCUUACCCUAGAGCAAGAGCCUGAGUCUGCGAUUCUCCGACGAGCAAGUGUUGUCCUGCUUCUUGAUAUCCUGAAGGCGCUCGAUACUAUCCGUGAGACUCGCGGAAGUCAGAGUCUCGGUUUUGGGUUCUCGCUUACAGAUGACUCGACCGGUGGUAUGUCUUGGAGGGAUGAGAAUGUCAGCAGCCGUGGCCCUUCGACUAUAGGUAACAUCCCGCAUAUGUUGCAGACACUCACGUUUGUCGAAAGCCGUGAAACAGAUACAAUUGUCCGUGGCCAUAUCCGUGUAUUGAUUGAGAGUUUGGAGGCUUGGGUAGAGAAGUCGUUGUUGUGGGGAAUUGGAGCUCAUGGUAGGGAAGGUGACAAUGAGCCAAGAUUGGAACUUGGGGAUCGAAUCGCUGGCCUUCAAAUCGAUCCUCUUUCAGGAAGAAAUGAAAGCGGACAGCCUAGAAUUGAAGAAAUUGACUAAGCUACUGCG